AUGCGCCUUCAACAACCCUGUGGGACUGGAACACCAGUUACCGGGAUCACAAAUGUCACUUUGCACGAAAUGCCGAUUGAUGUCCCCGAUAAUACCACUGGCAAUGUUCCGAAGCGAAUGGCCAUCAUCGGCAUGUCCUGUCGUCUUCCAGGAGACGUUUCGACGGCUGAAGAGUUUUGGGACCUCUGUUCUAGAGGCCGAAGUGCCUGGUCGCCAAUCCCGAAGAGCCGCUUCAACCCUGAGUCCUUCUAUCACCCUGAUCCCGAUCGACCAGGCUCUUUCAACCCGGUAGGAGCCCAUUUUUUGAAAGAAGACAUCGCGCUGUUCGAUGCGCCCUUUUUCAAUAUUACACUUCAAGAGGCACAAUCAAUGGAUCCGCAACAGCGCAUAUUCCUUGAGUGUGUGUAUGAAGCGCUCGAGAACGCAGGUAUCCCGAGCCAUGAGAUUGCGGGCCAAAAGGUGGGAGUCUUUGCAGGCGGCUCAUAUCCCGACUACGAAAUCAACAAUACCAGAGAUAUCUCUGCUAUCCCCAUGUAUGCUGCCACUGGAACAGCUAUGGCAUUGCAGGCGAAUCGCAUUUCAUAUCAUUUUGACUUAAAUGGUCCUAGUGUUACAGUCGACACAGCUUGUUCUUCUAGCUUGUCUGCACUUCAUCUCGCUUCUCAGAGUCUUCGGAGCGGCGAAUGCUCCAUGGCAAUUGUGGGAGGAUGCCACUUGAACGUAAUUCCCGAAGCUUUCGUCUCGAUGACGCGUUCCAGACUACUUUCCGACACUGGUCGCUCAUAUUCAUUUGAUCACCGGGGCACUGGUUUUGGUCGGGGGGAAGGUGCUGGAUGUAUUAUAUUGAAAUCCCUCGAGGACGCCGAGGCUGCUGGAGACGCCAUCCGAUCUGUAAUUAUAAACAGUGGCCUCAAUCAAGAUGGACGGACCAGAGGUAUCGCAAUGCCAAAUGGCAAAGCACAGGAGGCAUUGAUUCGUCAAGUCUAUAAAGAGGCACGGAUAGACCCGUCCUUGACAGGCUUUGUAGAGGCCCACGGCACCGGAACCAAAGUUGGUGAUCCACUCGAGGCCACUGCACUGAACGCCGUUUUUGGAAAAGGGCGGACUUCACGUCAGCCAUUGCUUGUAGGAUCUGUCAAGUCCAAUGUCGGUCAUACAGAAGGAACGAGUGGCGUUGUAUCUGUGAUCAAAACGGCACUGGCACUUGAGCGCGGCUUCGUCCCCCCAAACUGCAAUUUCGAAAAGUCGAAUGAUGAAAUACCCAUGGAAAGUUGGAAUAUGAAGGUUCCCAAAAAGCUGAUGCCGUGGCCCCGUGGCAAACCAUACGCAAGCGUGAAUAACUUUGGCUUUGGCGGGACCAAUGCUCAUGUUAUUUUACAACGUGGUCCCCGGCACGAAGGCGAACUGGCAGCAAAUAAUGACCCUCUCAAGCGCAAGUUGUACGUUGUCUCCGCGUACGAUAAACAAGCAGCUCUUCAGCUUGGAGAAUCCAUUGCAGCGUAUCUCGACCUUUACCCAGUCGUUUUCAACGACAGCACUCUGGAUAACAUGGCCUAUACACUAGGACAGCGACGUACAUUCCUGCCAUGGAGAUUGGCAUCUUCCGCAAUCUUUGGGCAGGAGUUGACUGCCUCUCUAGCUACCAACGCAGUGCCAGUUCGUUCUACCAAAGAGCCCACUCUCGGCUUUGUGUUUACUGGACAAGGUGCGCAAUGGCACAGUAUGGGCAAAGAACUUCUGAGCACCUACCCGGUUUUCCACAAGACCAUGAAAGACGUGGAUGCUUGCUUGAAAUCGCUCGGUGCUGCGUUCUCAAUUAUAGAGGAACUGCUUUUGACUGAUCCCGGCGCAAGCUCCAUCUCUGCCGCUUACAUGAGCCAGCCCGCUUGUACAGCACUACAGCUAGCUUUAGUUGAUUUGCUCUCCUCCUGGGGUAUUCGCCCCAAGGCAGUGGUCGGUCACUCCAGCGGAGAGAUCGCAGCAGCCUAUGCUGCAGGUAUUUUGAACCUCGAAGAAUGUGUUCGUGUAGCAUACUCUCGAGGUGUCGCAGCAAAUAUGGUUGCAAACAACAAGUUUAUUGACGGAGGCAUGUUGGCUGUCGGAGCCUGCGCCUCCGAUAUCCAGCAAAUUUUGGAUGCCAUGCGAGGGAACCGGGCUGUUAUUGCCUGCGUGAACAGCGAGUCAAGUGUUACUCUGUCUGGAGAUGCGGAAGCUAUCGGCGACUUGCAGGCUGCUCUGGACAAAGAAGGAAUCUUCACACGCAGACUGCAGGUUGAGGUUGCCUACCACUCUCACCACAUGCAGACUGUCUCAAAGGAGUAUCGAUCGCUGCUCGGGAAGAUUGCGCCACGAGACUCCGAAGUUCCUUUCUAUUCAACGGUUUAUGGAAAAUUGGUCCCAGGAAGCGCUCUGAACGCCUCUUAUUGGGUCGAUAAUCUGGUCUCCCGUGUGGAGUUUGUGGAGGGUCUUAAAAAUCUUGUGACUGAUAGCCAGGGAAAUAAAUCAAUCAGCACACUGGUCGAAAUCGGCCCACACCCUGCGCUCCAAACGGCUGUCAAAGAAAUUGCCCAGAAGUACGCCCCGAACUCCAAUGUGCAAUACCUCUACACCUUGAAACGGAAGGUUGAUGAUAUCGAGGCUGUUCAAAACCUUGCUGGCUCGCUGUUCACGCAGGGUAUGAACCUUGACUUCCAGGCCAUCAACUUCCCAAACUUGAGAACAUCGAGUAGGAAACCUGCUGUUUUGACAAAUCUACCUAGAUACCCGUGGAACCACUCAGAAAGAUACUGGUUUACCUCACGGCUUGGUGAUAACCAUUUCCAUCGCCAACUCCCUCGCAGUGAUCUCAUUGGCUCAUUGUGUAUGGAGAAUAUUGACCUUGAGCCUCGAUGGAGGAAUCUCAUUCGCGUAGAAGACCAUCCUUGGAUCCGUGAGCACAGAGUACAUGACCGCACUGUGUAUCCUAUGACCGGAUUCUUGGCUAUGGCCAUGGAGGCUAUCUCACAACACGCCUCUCUGCACAAUAUUACUCCUGGAAAGAUUAAUCUCCGUGAUAUCUUCAUUAGCCGUGUCCUCACCAUCCCCGACAACUCAUCAGUGGAGACAAUGCUCAGCUUGAAACCAUCGCGAACGGAGGCUCCAAGCAAAUCAGUACUUGGCUGGCACGAGUUUAAAGUCUUCUCAUGGGCAGAAGGUCGAGGUUGGGAUCAGCACUGUAAUGGCUUCAUUAUGGUACAAGAAGCCAAAGAUGUCAACCCAGUCGAUGGGUCUAGGCAAGAGCUCGAACAUACCGCACGAUUCACGAACCUAGUAUUGAACAUGCGAAACUCAUGCAACGUACCCGUGGACAGCAAGUUCCUAUACGAGAACAUCACUAAUGGAGGUGUCUGUUACGGUCCUCUUUUCCAAGGACUAGCCGAUGUCGCUGUGAGUAGGGAUAAUGAAGCAAUGGCUACCCUCUGCAUCCCAGACACGAGGGCAGCGAUGCCCCACAUGUGUGAGACUCCCUGCCUUGUGCACCCUGUUACACUUGAUCUGUGCACGCAAGUGAUGUGGAUUCUUUGUGGUUACGGGGAGCCUGGGCCACGAGUUACCCACGUGCCGUCGCAUGUCAAGCAGAUAUCUGUCUCGUUGUGCCACGAGCUCAAUGCCGGUACUGUACUCCAACUAUAUGGUCACAAGUCAGGAAAUGGAUCCGCAAGCAAUCCUGAGACCAACCGCAUUUUCGCCACUCUCCCAAGCGACCCAGCGAAUUUGCUCAUCGAUAUCAGUGGUGUCACUUUGGUGCCGGUAUCAAACGAUAAUCAAGGCUCAAAGGACACUUCACCUGAUCAGAUUUGCUACAAGAUUCAGUACGAGCCAUGCUUCGAGUUCCUCUCUGCCGAAGAUUAUCGAGAGCUUCCUCGCCCCGAAACUGACACGGCGCAAGGCCUUGAACGAAUGGACCAGCUCGAAUCUGUGGCAGAGCACUACCUCGCACAGAUGGUGAAGUGUGUGACAGAAGAGGAGGUGUCAACCUUUCAACCCCACCACCAGAAAUUCUAUCGCUGGGCCCAGAAUACUUGCCGAAACGCGCGUGUCAAAAAUUCCGUGUCCCUUGAAGUUCUCGAACAGAACAGCACCGUCAAUGGGGCAGGUGAGUUGACAUUCCGAGUGGGAGAGUUGCUUCCUCAAAUUCUCAGGGGCAAGGUAGACGCCUUAACUGUACUACUGGAGGACGACGGGAUUGGCAAACACUAUCGUGACCUUGACGCUCUUCGAGAGGCCUACGCAAACGCCUCUGUCUGUGUCGAUAAGAUGGCUCACCAAAACCCCGAACUCAACAUCCUUGAGAUCGGUGCUGGAACUGGUGGUGCCACCUUGCCCAUUCUGCAGAGUCUGGGUGGCGGAAAAGAGGGGUCUACGCCUCGGUUUAGGCACUACACCUACACUGACAUCUCCCCCGGCUUCUUUGAGAAAGCUAAGGCAAAGUUCGAAAAUUGGGGACAUCUCAUGACAUACCAGACCCUAGACGUGUCCGCCGAUCCCAUGAGCCAAGGCUUUUGUGAUGGCAUUUAUGAUGUUGUUAUUGCGUGCAACGUGCUGCAUGCUACUUCCGAUAUGAGCCAGACUAUGUCAAAUAUCAGAACUCUCUUGAAGCCUGGUGGUAAGAUUCUACUCAUCGAGGAAACGGUUUCCAAGGCACGCCACUUCCCAUUCGCCCUUCUUCCCGGAUGGUGGCUGGCCAAUGAUAAAGUCCGUAACGAAGGACCACUACUCACCGUCAAAGGAUGGAGUAACGUGAUGAAGGAGAAUGGUUUCUCUGGAGUUGACCUGUGUAUUGAGGAAUACCCCGGAGAAUCUUUCCAAUCCGGUUGUCUUAUGACCUCCACUGCUACCGGCCCAAUAAACGGUCCCACAAACGCCGGGGAUAUCGUGAUCCUCGGCAUUGACUCGCUCGGCAGCGUAUCGUCCCUUAGCCUUGAACAUGGUCUUCGGAAGACGACCGGUGUUGACCCGAUCACUGCUAUUGACCCUGAUGAGGUUGAUGUCACCGGGAAAUGGUGUAUUUUCCUUGGAGGAAUGGAUCGCUCGAUCCUGUCGCAUCUCACGCAAGAAAAGUUCCAGACGCUGCAGCGCCUUCUGAGCCGGGCUAGAGGUCUGCUGUGGGUCGUUCGGCAUACCAAAUCUGACCUGGAAUCCCUUGGCGCGAACAUGGCAAUCGGCCUUGCUCGCACUGUGAGAUCAGAGACUGGCCUCCAAUUCGUCACGCUUGAUCUGGGAGAACGGGAGAAAAUGCCCGAUUCCGAGGCCGUGAGGCACAUGCUCAAUGUCUUCAACGGAGUCUUCUGCCAAACAUCGCAAUUGAGCCAGAACGACUGGGAGUUUGUUGUCCGAAAUGGUCAUGUUUGCGUGCCCCGCUUGAUUGACAACGACCCAUUGAAUCUCAGUGUCCAGCAAGAGACACCAGAUGCACCCCCGCAGAUGCAGCUUUUCAAACAAGAUCGGGCUUUGCGACUUGCUGCUGGCGAUGGGAGGGGUCUCGACGAGCUUUACUUCACAGACGACCUUUCAAUCACCGGACCCUUGCCGGAAGACCAUAUUGAGAUUCAGGUCCGCAGCACAGGCCUUAAUUUCAGAGACGUUCUGAUGGCCAUGGGCCAGCUUCAAGGUGACAGGCUAGGCCAGGAAUGUAGUGGAGUAGUGACCCAAGUCGGAGCUGCUGUUUCCGACUUCAAGAUUGGAGAUCGAGUCUGUGCAAUGUCGCCAGGUUCGUUGUCAACUUUUACUCGCUGCCCGGCCUCUGGGUCCUGGGCAAUCCCCGAUGAUAUGCCAUUCGAGACUGCAGCUUCCAUUCCAGCGGUGUUCUGUACUGCCUAUUACUCUCUCAUCGACCUUGGACGGUUGGCUAAAAAUGAGAGCGUCUUGAUCCAUGCCGCUGCAGGAGGCGUUGGUCAAGCCGCAAUUAUUAUUGCCCAGAGCGUUGGAGCUAAUAUUUUCGCAACCGUCGGCAGUCUCGAGAAGAAAACCUUCUUAAUAGAAACCUACCGACUGAGGGAAGAUCAUAUUUUCUUCAGUCGGGAUUUAUCAUUUGCGCAAGGUGUCCAGAACGCCACUGCUGGCCAGGGUGUAGAUGUUGCUCUUAACUCGCUUAGCGGCGAUGCCUUACAAGCGACGUUCGAGUGUGUAGCACCCUUUGGUCGCUUUAUUGAACUCGGCAAGCGGGACAUUACUACUAACUCUCGGCUGGAGAUGGCUCACUUCAACAAGAAUAUCUCCUUCGCAUCUGUCGACUUGGGACUUGUUAGAGAGAAGCGUCCGAAAUUGACGAAGCGGCUGCUGCGUGAUGUGUUCAAGCUAUUUGUCGAAACUGACGCCCAGUCAAGGUGGUCCGUCACCACUAUUACAAUCUCAGAUGUUGAGGUUGGUUUCCGCGCGCUGCAAAGUGGACAAUUGAUUGGCAAAAUGGUGGUCCAGGUCACGGAUGAAUCUCUAGUCAAGGUUCAUCCUGCUAGAAGAGACGAAAAUCUCCUUCGCGCAGAUGCUUCAUAUAUCAUCGUUGGCGGAACCGGCGGCAUUGGUCUCAACAUCGCCAGUUGGCUGCCAGAGAGAGGGGCCAAAAAUCUAAUCCUGGUUUCUCGAAGUGGUGCUAAGACUGAAAAUGCCGAGCAGACUAUUCAGAACCUUUCUCGCCAGGGUAUCAACGUGGAAGUCUGUUGCUGCGAUGUGUCGGAUAAGCAAAGCGUCGAGCAAAGUCUUGUUCCUCUCCUCACCCGCAUGCCUCCUGCUCGUGGUGUUGUAUUCGGCGCUAUGGUUCUCCGGGAUACCCUAUUUGAAAAGCUUACUUUCGCGGAUUACCAGACCGUGAUGAUGCCCAGAGUCCAUGGAAUCUGGAACAUUCAACGGGCAUUGACAGGCACUAAUGGUAGCGUAGACUUCUUCAUCAACCUCUCGUCCGCUGCCAGUUUUGUUGGCAACAUGGGCCAAUCCCCCUACGCAGCCAGUGGAACCUUCAUGGCAGCGCUCGCUCAGUACCCCGAGACAGCCAAGAUGCGCUGUUCCACAAUCGAUCUACCCAUUGUACGCGGAGUCGGAUAUCUCUCCGACGACCAGAAGCGCGAGGCAAUCUCCAAACAGCUCGGCACUGAGUCUGUCGGUGCAACAGAUAUUCGUGGUCUUGUGACUGCAGCAAUCCGCAACGAGUUUGACAUUUCGUGCGAGGGGCACUGCGUCGUUGGGUUUGAAGCCGUCAAAACCACCCCUGCCAGUGAACAGCCUUUCUGGGUAACCGAUACCAAACUGUCGCACCUGCUGCGCCUCUCCACUCUCGCUGGCGCGGGUGAAUUGACCGAGUCUGCACAGAACGGCACCGAGAUUCCACCGGCACUUGCCAUCCGCCAAUCGAAGACUCACGAAGAUGCCGAAGCCGUCGUUGGAGCUGCCGUGCUCAAGAAGAUCUCUAGCAUUCUUAUGCGCCCGAUGGAAGAUCUUGAUCCUGCUGCGCCUAUUACGGUUUAUGGCCUGGAUUCGCUGGUUGCCAUUGAGAUCAGAAACUGGAUUUCACGCGAGUUGGAAGCUAAUCUUCAGAUUCUGGAGAUUCUAACCAGUGAAUCCAUCCCUGCUCUUUCUGACACAAUCCUCAACAAAUCGGGUUUACUUACUCCGGACCUGAAGGCUGUGUGGGGUCUUGAUGUGGCUGAAGGCCCAAUCAGUCAAUUGUGA